GAACCUGAGCUGGCUGGCCUACCGAGUUCUAGAGGUGCAGAGCGCCUCCCUGGCCCUUGGUCUUGGCCUUCAGUUGCCUGCACCCUCUUUGGGGUCCGAUCGGCCUCAGUUCCCCAGAUUCUUGGCUUCCUAUUCCGGGAAGCCGGCGCCUCGCAGCCCGAUGCCCCAGCUCGGAAUCCUGCGUGGGAGGGCCGGGGCGGUGCUGCUCCGCCAGCUCCUGCGGCUCCCGCGCGCCGUGUGCAUCCAGGCUGCCCGGUCCCGGAGCCAGGUUGCAGAGGCCUGGAUAACAUCCCAGCUGAAACCACAACAGGGAAAAGGCAAUUUUACUCUCAAGACCCCAAAGGGUACCAGAGAUCUUAGUCCCCAGCAGAUGGUUGUGAGGGAGAAAAUUCUUGAUUUGGUUGUCAGCUGCUUUAAACGUCACGGAGCAAAGGCAUUAGACACCCCAGCAUUAGAGCUAAAAGAAAUACUCACAGAGAAGUAUGGAGAGGAUUCGCAGCUUAUGUAUGAUCUGAAGGAUCAUGGUGGGGAGCUCUUGUCUUUGCGCUAUGACCUUACUGUCCCUUUUGCUCGUUAUCUGGCCAUGAAUAAAGUGAAGAACAUGAAACGCUACCAAGUUGGAAAAGUGUGGCGGCGAGAGAGCCCAAGCAUGGUCCAAGGCCGCUACAGGGAGUUCUGCCAAUGUGAUUUUGACAUUGCUGGUCAUUAUGACUCCAUGAUCCCUGAUGCUGAGUGUUUGAAGAUCAUCUGUGAAAUCCUAAGUGGGUUACAACUCGGAGACUUUCUCAUUAAGGUCAAUGAUCGGCAGGUUUUGGAUGGGAUACUUUCCAUCUGUGGUGUUCCUGAAAGCAAGUUCUAUGCCACCUGCUCCUCCAUAGACAAGCUCAACAAGAUGUCUUGGGAAGAUGUGAGACAUGAAAUGGUGGCAAAUAGAGGCCUGGCUCCUGAAGUGGCUGAUAGAAUCGGGGACUAUGUCCAGUGUCAUGGUGGUGUGUCCCUGGUAGAACAAAUGUUCCAGGAUCCUAAAUUAUCUCAGAAUAAGCAGGCCCUAAAAGGCCUAGAGGAUCUAAAGUUGCUAUUUGAAUAUGUGACUUCAUUUGGAAUUGCUGAGAAGAUCUCCUUUGACCUGAGCCUGGCACGGGGCCUGGACUACUAUACCGGAGUGAUCUAUGAAGCAGUACUGCUACAUCCUCCAGCUCAGGCCGAGGGCAGGGCCCUGAGUGUGGGCAGCGUGGCUGCUGGUGGGCGCUACGAUGGGCUGGUGGGCAGUUUUGGCUACCAGGUACCCUGUGUGGGACUAAGCAUUGGAGUAGAGCGAAUCUUCUCCAUAAUGGAGCAGAGGAUGAAGACUUUCGGUGAGAAGAUAAGGACCACAGAGACCCAAGUAUUUGUAGCCACACCACAGAAGAAUUUUCUCCAAGAACGGUUGAAGCUAAUUACAGAGCUUUGGGAUGCUGGGAUCAAGGCAGAGUUGUUGUAUAAGAACAACCCUAAACUACUAACUCAGCUGUACUACUGUGAGAAUACGGGGAUUCCGCUGGUGGCCAUUAUCGGUGAGCAGGAGCUGAAGGAAGGAGUCAUCAAGCUUCGUUCUGUGGCCAGCAGGGAAGAGGUGGCUGUUAAAAGGGAAAACCUUGUGGCUGAAAUUCAGAAGCGACUAUCUGAAUCUUGAUUCUCCCCUGAGGAUCAUUUGCUGCUCUUUGUUAACAAAAAUGAAAACUUCAUCGAGGGCCAAAUUCCUGACUCUCGAACUGCUGGCCAGGGAGGUGACAAGUGCCUUCUGCCUUCUCCAUCCUUCCUGGGUACAAAACUGUAGAUAGCCCUGAUGACUCUUGGAUUUGUGUGAGCAAUUGUCUUGUGGAUACAUAGAUAGCUGGAAAGUAAAAUAGACAAACUCUCACUGCAGAGGCAGAUUUGAAGUUCUACUGAAUGCGACUAACUGGUGCUAAGAUGGUAGCUCUGAGCAAGGGCCCUCAGGUAAAGAAAAUUAUAAUGUGGGGCC